AUGGAUAUCCUACUCCUGCUGUCGCUGGCCUUUGUGGCCUUGAUUUCGCUCCUUGCAUACCGAAUUUACUUUCAUCCUCUCGCCCAUAUACCAGGGCCUCUAUUGGGCAGCAUCACGUAUCUUUACGAAUGGUACUAUGAUCUGUACCAAAGUGGCCAAUUUACAUUUCAACUUCGAGCUCUGCAUCACAAAUAUGGCCCUGUUAUUCGCAUCAACCCGGACGAAGUCCACAUCGAUGAUCCUGAUUUUUUCGACCAAGUGUUUGACCAGACAAACGGCCGGGCGGAGAAGCCUUUGCGUGUUGCAGAGGUCUUCGGGCCAUACCCCGCGACUAUCGGCACCCAGUCGCAUUCCUUACACCGUUUUCGAAGAAGUGCGCUCAACCCGUUCUUUUCAAAAAAGUCCGUCGCAGAUCUGGUCCCAGUAAUGUGGCGCCCUAUCGAGAUUCUGCGAGAGCGUCUGCAUCACGCAGCUGAAACAGGAGAGGUACUGAAUAUGAAGUACUUCUAUGCGGCUGUCACCCUGGAUAUCAUCAAUGCUUACUGCUUUGCCCAUGAGCCCUCUAAUGUGCGACAGCCUGACUUUGGUCGUAAAGGGUUCGACGAUGUGGACAGCUUCCUAAAAGUGAGCCUACUGAAUAUUCAUAUUCCGUGGGUGAUGCGCUUGACAUAUUCAUUGCCGGAUGGUAUCAAUAAGAUCCUUGCCCCAGCAAUGGCGGAUAUUUUGGACUUUCGUCAGAGUCUAUCUCAGCAGGUUGAAGCAAUCCGACAUGGUGAAAAUACGGCCUAUAAAAAGGCAGACCACCGGACUGUCUUUCAUGAGCUGCUGGAUAGCGAUCUUCCAGAGGAAGAGCUACAGAGGGAUAGAUUACGCGACGAAGCCUUUAGUCUGGUAACAGCAGGCUCUGGCACGACAGCAUAUGUACUACGUGGUACAGCAUUUCACAUUGCUGCUAAUCCAGCUGUGCGCGAGAGACUUUAUAGCGAGCUUGUGGCUGCUAUUCCCGAUCCUCAACAGUUCCCACCAUUAGCAACUCUCGAGAAACUUCCAUAUUUAACGGCGGUCAUUCAAGAGGGUCUACGUUUAUCGGAUCCGGUCACACAUCGCAUCAGCCGGCAAUUUCCCGAACGAUCGUUUGAAUGCCGUGGGAUCUUCAUACCUGCCAAUACGACUGUUGGUAUGACAGCCAUGCUGACCCAUCUCAACGAGACUAUCUUCCCGGAGCCUCGUGUUUUCAGGCCUGAGCGUUGGUUACUAGACCCUGACGGAGUUAAGCGACUGGAACGCUACCUUGUACCCUUUAAUCGUGGCACACGGUCUUGUUUGGGAUUGAAUCUAGCGCGAGCUGAGUUGGUUUUGAUUCUCGCAGCUGUCUUCCGGCAAUUCGAUUUUGACGUAUCGGCUGUGCAACGCGAUCGUGAUAUCGACGUGAGCCGGGACUAUAUUUUAGGGGCCCAAUCGCGUGAUACGCCAGGUAUUUUGGUGAGGGUGAAAGAGCUGUAG